AUGAAUGCCGCUGGGAUGAACCCCGGGGUCGGAGGCCCCGUCGGUGGUGUCCCCAUGAUGAACAACGGCUCGACAGCUCCCCGUAAUGAUCCCAGCAUGAACAGCAACCCCGAGCACAUGAUCAACAACCUCAACACCCACAUCUACGACUAUUUCUUGAAACGUGGCUACCACGACUGUGCACGCGCCCUCCUGCGGGACGAAUCCAUUAAGCUCAAUACUGACCCCGGCACCAAGACCAGUCCGGGCAGCCGCCGCGAUGAUAUCAAUGGUGUCGACGACGCGAUGAUGACUGAUGGCAAGGAUGGCGAGAAGAUCAAGAUACCCGACGAUCUGCCUCGGCCCCGGCUGUACAGUGAAAGUAUCCAGACGUCGUUCUUGCUGGACUGGUGGAGUCUGUUUUGGGAUUUCUUCUCGGCCCAGCACAAGAGAGGAAACAGCCCGGACGUCCGUCAAUACCUCCAGCACAGCCAGAACAUGAUGCGUUUUCGUGAUCAACAGCAGCAGAACCAGCUCAUGCGGCAACAGCCGAUGAUGGGUGGCCAGAUGCCGCUCAAUAUGCGCCGCAAUGGCAUGCACCCUGGAGUUCCCCCUAACCUCCAGAAGACGGUGUUGCAGAAUUCUGCUGGCUUGAAUACUGCUGGCCUGUCGCAACAGCAGAUCGCGCAACAAUUCCAGAAGAACCAGCAGCAGAUGCAUAUCAUGCAGCAGAUGCAGCGCGAUCAGUCCGACAUGGACAUGAACGGUAACCGGCCCCAGUCACCCGCAUCCGCCGAUAACGCUCCUUCGCCGUCGAAACGCCCCCGCCUCGAGGGUGGUGGCCCCGUCAACGGACAACAACUCGCGCCCAACGGACAACGACAGGGACAAGGAAUGCCAGGACAGCCGAAUCCGCAGAUUAUGAUGCAGAACGGAAUGAACAGGGCUGCAAUGAACCCGGCGCAAUUCCAGCAGUUCCAACAGGGGCAGGCUGCGCAACAAAAAUCUAUGCAGGUAUAUGCCCAAAACUUGGCCCUUCAUCACACGAGCUCAGCACUGAAUUCCCAGGGUCUCCCGAAUGGUGGUAUGGUGAACCCCAACGUUAUGCCAAACCAAGAAUUGAUGGCGAUGUCGGAAGCCAACGGUGGAAUGUACACCAUGAACCCCGAAUACUACCAGGCCAAUCCCCAGGCGAUUGGACGGCCUAGUAUGCAACCUCAGAACGGCGGCAACCAUGCUCUUCAGGAUUAUCAGAUGCAGCUUAUGUUGCUGGAACAGCAGAACAAGCGUCGCCUGAUGAUGGCUCGUCAAGAGCAGGACAGCAUGGCCCGUGAUGGACAGCCGAUGCCGGGACAAUUGCCUCCGGGCACAUCUCCCCAGGGCAGCCGGACUGGAGCCUCGCCGAAUCCCAGUGAACAAAUGAAACGGGGUACACCAAAGAUGCCCCCGACCGGUUUGCCCCCCUCGCCCAACGCUGGCGACAUGAACCAGAACCGCGGAUCUCCCGGAUCGAUGAACCUGAACGGUGGAGCUCUUCCUGGUGACAUGAACCCGCAAUUCUUCCAGGGUGGACCCAACCCAAUGCGUCCCCCCAGCUCUAACCCCGCCUUCACCGGGCCUCAGAUGGGCCAGCCGAUCCCCGCUGGCGUGAACCGCGUGCCAAGCGGACAAUGGGCACCGGGCCAGCCGAUGCCCCCGCAACACUCACCCGCCGCCCAGCCUCAGGCUGGCACUCCUCAGGAACGAGGCGCCAUGCCGCCUCCCCAGGCACCUCCCGCCGGUCCCAACGCUGGGCGCACUCAGCCUCCGUCGCCGCAAACCACGGGCAAUGCGCCUCCGACGCCCUCGCAAGCCAACAAGCCGGCUCCUAAGGGCAAGAAAGAUACUAAGGAGCCCCGCAAGCGACCCACUAAGAAGGCCGCCAAUGCCGCAGCUAACGCCCCCGGUGCUACCCCAUCGACCGAGGCUGGUGAAGCUGCCCAGACGCCCACUCCCUCUACUCCCGUCACCCCUCAACAUCCUAAUUCCUUUAACAACAAGGCCGGCGCCAAUGCGCCACCCCAGCCUACCUCGGCACCUGCUCCUCCUACUAUGGUCCAACCGACUCCGGACCAGAACCCGCAAUCCUUCAAUGAACUUGGCAUGCCCGAUACCAAUCCUUUCAGUCUUGACUUCAGCGCUCUGGAUAAUCCUGACAUCCUGGAGAGCUUCGAUUUUGACACAUUCCUCAACACCGAUGGCGAUGGGACUGGCUUCGGCUUCGACCCGAACAUGCCUUAUUCCACAGACCCUGUUGAGACCGGGCCCGACCUCUCGUGA